AUGGCACAUACAAAUGAAAUAAUCAUCAACGGCGCAUCAUCAAGGUCGAUGCAAUCCCAAUGUGGUAGUUGCCAAAUUGUAGGAACUAAACAGGAAAGAAAAAUGGACGAAAAAAAAAGUACACAACGAUCGUCCUUUUUCACUAAAAAAACUGCUAUGUUGUUUUUUGUUCUUGCUUGCAUCUUCUUAAAGCACCAGGAUGAUUUUUCAAGACAGGGUGUGAAUGCUCCAUUACAAGUAGAUAAUAAUGUUGGUAGAAAUUUAUCAAGCACGGAAUCAGAAGAUGAAGCUCCAUCAGGACCAUAUGAUUACGAAGUGGGACAGACGGAAGAUCCUUCUGAAGGAGGAAGACAAGCUUCUCCCGCUGUAGGGGAAAAUACAUGGGGAAUGGAAUAUCCUAAUGUAAGACAAGACCUUCAAAAAUCGGCAGAACAGGAAGCGUCCCUAUUCGGAGAGAAGACCAAUUAUAUCACAGAUGGUGAUUUAGGGAAUUAUGCUAAUUACCUUUUUCUUUAUGAAAGUGCAUUUAAUGAUAAUAAGAAAAAAAAGAAAGGAAAAAAAGAAAUAGAAGAAGAAAAAAAGAAGGAAGAGGCACUUCUGAAGGAAAAGGAAAAAAGUCAGAAGAAAUUAAAUAACUGGAACCAAAAAGUCUACCGUGGUCCACUCGCUGAAUUAGAGAAAUAUGAGGAUGAACAGGAAGAAGAACGUAAAAGAUCUUUAAGAUAUGACAAGGAAGAACGGAAAAGGAAAAUGAAAGGAAAGGGAAAAGGGCAGAGUUUAUUAGAUAAAUGGAAGAGUAUAGUAUAUGAAGUUGGAGCCUAUAGGGAUGAAACAGAGGUAAAUAAAAGGAAAUGUAUGAAUGGAGAGUACGAACAAAUAGAAGAUUGGGAAAUAACUAAAUUGAAAUGGGGAGGAUAUGAUGAAAGAGAUUACGCAGAACAUAUACCAAAAAAUAAUACAAGGUCCUUAAGAUAUGACGAGGAAGAACAUAUAUAUGAUGAGGAAGGAAUGCACGAAUUGUUACUUGGGGAAUUUAAAAAAUGGGAAAAUUCCGGAACCCAUACGAUCCCUUCUUCUCACUACGAAGUGUUAUGUUUUGAGGAUAGAUUGAACGAUUAUGAAAUAAAUAAAGAAUUAAAUGAAAUGGGAAAAAUGCCUAAAAAGUGCGAAUUAGUUUCUCUUUACUGGCAAUCAUUCAUGAAUGAAAAGAGCAAAUAUAUUAAUGCUAACAAACGUUUGUUUAAAAAAUUUCUAGAAUUAAAAAAAAAACAAAAUUUAGAGACUAUGGGAAAAUAUAACAAUAAAUGGAAAAAAUGUAGUAAAAUAGUUGGUACUAACUUUAAAGAACAGCGCGAAUAUGUUAAUGAUAUAUUUUAUACACAUAUGACAAAGGAAAAUUUGAGCAAAGAUGAAUUUAAAGAGAUUUUGGGCCACGUUAGGGAUUCAUGGAAAGAGGUGACCCUUAAGGUGACGCAAGAAUGUGUAGCUCUUUUGGAAGAACCAAUUGUCCCGGAUGUCAAAAUCCUUGAUUAUGACCCAUAUGAUGGAAUCGCAUAUUUUAAAGUUUCACGUAUCACCGGCCCUCAAGUGAACUCCUAA